AUGGCUCCAACUACUGUCCCACUAUCGGGCACCCAGGUCAACGCAUCUGGCCUCAAGGGCACGGAGGCCCUCGCAAACGGCUCAAACGCCGCCCAGUUGGACGCUUCCAAAAUCAAGUACAUAUUCACAGCCAACCCUCGAGCCGUCCCUGACGAGGCAACUGCCAAUGCCUCUGAUGAGACGAUUUGCACUGAUCAUAUGAUCACUGUUGUCUGGAGAGCCUACACGGGCUGGGAAGCUCCUGAGCUUAAGCCCUAUGGCCCUCUCAGUAUUAUGCCCACUGCGUCAGUUCUUAACUACGCCACGGAGUGUUUUGAGGGUAUGAAGGCCUACCGAGGUGAUGAUGGCAAACUCCGACUUUUCCGGCCAAAUCUCAACUGCGAGCGUCUCAAUGUGUCUGCCAGUCGCAUCUCCCUACCUACAUUUGACGCUGCCGAAAUGGAAAAGCUCAUCCUGACUUUGUUGAGUGUUGAUGGCCCCCGCUGGCUGCCCAAGGAUCGUGCUGGAGGGUUCCUCUACAUUCGCCCAAUCCUCAUCGGCACCCAGCCUCGGAUUGGUGUCAACGCCCCUAAGGAGGCGUUGUUUUAUAUCAUGGCUGGCUUCAUUCCCCGCUUGGAUAGCUACCCUGGUGGUAUGCGCCUACACACAUCACCUGAUGAUUUGGUUCGUGCUUGGGCUGGUGGCUACGGCUAUGCGAAGAUUGGUGCCAACUAUGGCCCGUCGAUGAUAGCCAAACAAGGUCCACACAUGCAAGGAUUCCACGAAAUCCUUUGGCUCUACGGUGACAAGGGAGAAUGCACCGAGGCUGGUGCCAGCAACUUCUUUGUUGUUUGGAAGCGCAAGGAUGGCAAGACGGAGCUCAUAACAGCUCCCCUGGAUGACAAACUAAUUCUAAGUGGUGUUACUCGUCGUAGCUGCCUUGAAUUUGUCCGUCAGAAAUUGGUUGGUGACAUUGAAGUCGCAGAGCGCAAGUUUACCAUCGGCGAGUUAUUUGAGGCCCAAGCAGAGGGCCGUAUCCUCGAGUCCUUCGCCACAGGAACAGGGUUCUUCAUAUGCCCCAUCAGCCAGAUUCGCCACCGUGGCCAGGACAUAAUGAUCCCAAUCGAUCCCGAAAUCCAGGCUGGGGAGAUUACGCACAAGAUCAAGACUGUGCUAGGUGACAUUUUGUAUGGCCGUUCCAACCACAGCUGGGGCGUUGUGGUUCCAGAGAAUGAGUAG